AUGAACUUGAAGGCAGCAGACGAAACAGUGUUUGGCUUUGUAUCCAGGAAGAAAGAGGAAAUCAGCAUCAAAAUGGCAGCCAAGUACCGAACCAAAAAGAUUGUCAGCCAAGUCAUAGAUUCUGGGUGUCAGGUCUCUGGCGCAAGUCCAUCUAAGAAGAAGAGAAUCUGCAUCCAAAGGUCAUCACAAGCUGAAAAGGUGGUCAGCCAGAUCAUGGGCUCUGGUGAGCCAUCCAUCACAGGUCCUCCUACCCCUCCACAUCAUAGUUCAUCCUCGGCAUCAGGAGGACACAUAGAUUCUGCCAAAGUUAUUUUGUGGUGUCGAUGUCGCCAAGGCGAGCCUCCUGACUUGUUCAAUAUUCAACACACUGAAUACAUACAGUCAUCUCAUAGGGGGAAGUCUCAUUUAUCCGCUGCAAUCACGGAGUGUCUCAGUAAUCUGUUUCAUCGAUGCAAAUUGGUGAAUGCUGCCACUGAAGAGCUCUGGUGUUAUGCAGCUGCAUCAGGCAGCUUCACACCCCAACUCAUCUCAAUCAAUGUCUGUGUCAUGCACUCUUUUCAUGUUGGUUUGCAUGUUGGCCUGAAGAAAAAGCUAUGUUUCCUGUUGGGUGCAGUGGGUGUUGCAGUGCAAAAAUGCCGCAAGAAUUUGAUGCAAUUUUACACCUCAGCGUUGAGACGGUAUUCCAGAUGUCCCAAGGCCUGUGGUUGA